AUGCCCAGAUUUACAGCAGAGGAGCUGAGGAGUAAACACCUGGCAACCAGAAUAACAGCCAGGGAGUUUCCAGCUCAACUGUACGAGGAUGGAGGAGUACUUUUCUGCAAAGUCUGUCAGCAUUCAAUCGACUACAUAUGGCGUCAAACUGCGGUGGAGCACCUGAGGUCACGCCGACACAAGAAUAGGAGGGCUAGUGGACCAGGUAAACAUUCUGAUGCUUUAGCUAGCUACAGGUUUGUUCCAGUUAGCUAAUAUCUGUUCUUGACAAUUACAUUUUUGUCUGUAUCUACAUAGUGGCAAGUUAGCUAGCUAGCUAACGUUAGCCUGGCACGCUUCCCAUGUUGUCACUCCAGCUCCAUCACGCCAUUUAGGGUAGCUAGCUAACUUAGCUGAGGUAAUGUUAGCUAGCUAACAAGUUAGGCAAAGUGACAUGGUGGAGCUACAUACUAUGGGCUGUUUAUGGGCUGUGUCUCUGUGUCUGUGUGUUCCAGGCCUCUGUGUCAGGUUUAUGGGCUGUGUGUGUGUGUGUGUGUAUCGCUUCAGGAGAGAGUGUGCUUAGCGUCAAAGCUUGAGAUCCACUGUAGGCCUGCUAUUGAACUCAACCUGAGAAUUCUUCAUUUGCCAAAUUUAACCAUUGUUCUUUUUUUCUAUGUUUGUUUCAGUCCAAGCAAGAACACAGACCCUGGCCUCAUGUCUGACAAAGACCCCUUCCUCCACAGCUGAGAGAAAGGAGUUCAUCUUGGACUUCACAAGAAAAUUAAUCAAACCAGAUAUACCUCUUGAGGAGGGGCCCAAGUUCUCCACAUUUCUGAAGAAACACUGCAAGCAGGGAGGGUCUAUCCCAGUGCCAUCCCAUCUGUGUACAGAGUACCUGCCAAAGAUCUACCCACAAUAUGAGCAGGACAUCAAAGAUGCUGUAGAGGGAAAGGACAUUUAUGUCAUCCUUGAUGAGACGACCGAUUCCUUUGAAAGAUGUGCACUCGCCAUCCUACUCCAGCCAGUGGGUGAUCGACCUGUUGUAGCAGACCUUGCUUUCUUGGAUAAAGUCAGCUUUACCACUGUGUCCCAAGCUGUCAUUUCCUGUCUCAACAACAAUGGGGUUGACUUUAACAAUGUGUGGGCUUUUGUAAACGACUCAGCUAGCUACAUGAAGAAGGCAUUCACCAGCAUCUUGAAGGUCCUCUUCCCCAACUCCGGACAUGUCACCUGCUUUGCACAUCUCCUGAGCCUGGCACUGGAGAUUUUUCCAGAGGUGUUUGAGGACGUUUACAGGCUGUGUGCUCUGGCGAAGAAGGUGUUCUGUCAUGCACCCCAGCGUUGUCUGGAGCUGAGAUCAUUCAUGCUGGAAAAUGGCCAUUCUCCUGUGAUGCCUGUUUAAGCUGUGCAGACCAGGUGGGGCUCCUGGAUACAUGCUGUGGAGUACCUGGCAGAGUACAUGGAUGUGCUCACCGACUUCACUACGACCUUACCGGAAAUGUCGUAGUGUGCCUUUUUGAAGGCCCAGGCAUUGUUCAUUGUGGAGCAUAGUGAGGAGAUAGUGGCUAACCUGACAAAGCUGGAGGAGACCUCUGUGCCAACAGCCCAAAACAUCGCCAGCAAGCUGGAGGACCUGCAAAUGCAGUUUGAGUAUGGCAGAGUAGCUGGGGCUGACGACUGGCGUCCUCAUACAACUGAGCUGCUGGGGCAGCUUCCAGAGAAAGGCAGGCUCUCCUGCACUGAGUUGUUCCAGUCUGCCAUGGCAGCAUGCUCAAUCAAGCUGCAGACUGUGCUGGAGAAGCACCCCUGCCUUCACCUGUUCAAGUCACUAACUGUUCUAGAUCCAGCCCAGGUGGUAGACGCAAGAAAGGACAUUAAGGACUAUGUCCAUGCCAUCCCUGCUCUGAGCCAGGUGUCUACAGAGGAGUGGAACAGAUACAUAGGCAUCGACAAGGCAGACGCUAUGGAA